GUCACUUUUACCUGACGCUAGCUCGGUAGACGCUGGUCGCCCGCUUCGUUUAGCUGCCCAUGGUGCUAAGUAGCAGACGGGUCAGGGGCGGUCGCAUCCUGUCUGUUAUUUCACAUCGAGGACCGACGCCAGCUGCAGAGCGGGCUCCACUAACAGCGGCACCGAGUGUAGAUGCUGGCGCAGGUGUGAUACGGCAGACGAGGUGAUGCUCUCUCCGUGGCCCCGCUGGUACUCCACGGGCUGCUGUCUGGGCUGCCACGUCCGCACAGGAACCAUCAUCCUGGGUGUCUGGUACAUGCUCAUCAAUGCUGUGGUGUUACUCAUCCUGCUCACAGCACUCAGUGACCCUGAGCAGUACCAGCUGGCGAAUGACCUGGACGUCAUGGACGAUGCCAACAUGUGCAUCGCUUCAGUCAUCUCUCUGCUGAUGAUUCUUAUAUGUGGGAUGGCAACAUACGGUGCAUACAAGCUGCGUGGCACCUGGAUCAUCCCAUUUUUCUGCUACCAAAUAUUUGACUUAGCUCUCAACACCCUGGUCGCUGUCAGCAUCGUGGUCUAUCCGAACACGGUACAGGACUACCUGCAGCAGCUGAUGAGCUCUCUGCCUGUUACUGACUGUUUAUAUGUAUACAUAUGCUUGAUCCUCAUUGUGCUGCUCUUCAUUGGCUGCAUUCUUGGUUUCAAGGCCUACCUUAUAGAAUGUGUGUGGAACUGCUACAGAUAUGUGAGUGGCCAGGGUACUUCUGAAAUCUUGCUCUACGUUACUACCAAUGACACCACGGUGCUUCUACCUCCAUAUGAUGACAGCGUCAGUGUCCCUCCGAAGCAGGCUCCUCCACUGCCCUUCACUGCUACAGCAUGAAAACAGUCCCAGGAUCCUGCUGUUAAUAAAGCCCCAGAAAAAUGUAUGCACUGCACUACCUUUCCAGUAUACAGUCAAAUUAUGGAUAUCGUAGAUCCACACACAUUACAGUACACCCAUGCACACACUGCCACGUCUCUCACACACACAUUUGUGCUUGUGCACACUACUACCACCACCAUGACCUCCCCAUCCCUUCCUGUUAUUUAUUGGUGAAUUCAUAUUUUUAGUGUGACUUCCAUGAAUCGUUUCCGUCUGUUAGUGUAAUUCCAGAAAUGAUGGGCACUUUUAUCUGAAUCUGCCUAUGGAAGCACUAGAAACUUUGAUAGAUGAUAGAUUAUAUAUAUUUGUAUUAAUUCUAUUUAUGCUCUGUGUGUAUUUGUGAAUUGUGACUUUGAUAUGCAUAAUGAACUUUUAUGCACAAAACCGACGACGGUAUUGCUCACAGGACUGAGUGAAGAGUCGUCAGGUGUCCCUGUUUGUCUCAUCUGCAUUUGUGGUCACAGUUGGAUUGCCUUUAUUCAGAACGUUCUUGCUGAUGGGGGUGCGUUUUAUAGACUCGUGUGUGAAGCGCCACCUUGACUGGAAGUUUUCCCAAGGAAAAGCAUCUGCCUGUGUUCUGACAUAAUCAAAGAGCAGUAGUGCAGAACACAUCACACCUUCCUGC